UUUGCGAGGUAGUUUAAUAAUAUAUAUUUUUUUUUUAGAGGGAAUUGUUUCCCAGCUGUUUUCAAAAAUAAUUAUUUUAAUAAUUCUGAAGGUUAAUGUGUUGGGAGGAAAUUUUUUUGAAAGUGUGAGCCGAUAAAUUUUGUUUCUGAUGAUACAUUUUUAUUUCACUUUUUUUACAGGAUUUUAUUUUCUUCUCCGAGUUGAUUAUAUUCUUUCAAAACCUUCUCGAUGAAUUUCUAUAUUUUUAGAUGCCUUUUGAGAGGAGAGUUUAAUCUUGGGGAUUAUUCUUAUUUAAUGGAAAUUCUCCGUGUCGGAGAGGAAGCAUCGCAUUCUAUCUCUUCUAAUGCAUUAUAUUUACGACCGACCUGUGUCGAAAAUCAGUUACGCGUCAGAUUACUCAUCAACUUUUUAAUGGAUUCUCAUGGCCGUUAAUGAAACAGUGUUGCCGGUGAGCAACAAGGGCCUGAAAAUUAUACAGACGGUCCAUCCGGGCGGCUCGACCAGGUCGGCUGUGAAACACUUAGUGCCAGGACACGCUGUGCUUGCGGCCGUGCAACGAGAGGACGUCGUCGCCGCCACUCUUCUGCUUCCAAAUCCGGCCACCAACAAUCCCGUCCACGUGCAUGCCUACAGAUGCGACUCGGUCGAAACAGCUGAGUUAUUGGGUGGCCAGUUGAAAGCGCUGGCAUCGCACACUGACAAUUUGGCGAGGGUGAACUCGCUGGAAGGCAGAGCCCGCAGCAAUUUAGGCAGCGACGGUAGAAGCACCAGGGAGUCAGAGUCGUCGGAGGGCAGUGGCGAACUUAGACACGAUAGUGUGCAAACCACCACGAUAUACGAGUCUCUGGCUGCGGAGCUGCGUGCCAAGCUAGGCAGAGGCAAUUCAGGGGACAAUGAUGUGGGUCCGAUUUUGCUGCCUCCGCGGGAUUACGAUACGGUGCACCGACACCGGGGCAAUCUCGCUGGGAUCGAGUUCAGACGCUGCUUGAAUCAAACGAUCGUAGGAGGCAGUACUACGGUUGACAGAGGUGGCACGAGAAGCGCAGCGAGCAGUGGAAUAGGCUCAGAUAGCGCUGCUACGCCCCCACCUUAUCAGAGUCAUCAUCCUCUGGGCCCCAGACCCUCCAGACCCUCCAGAGAUUCUUCCUCCGACGACGACUGGGGUGCGCCAGCAGAAGAGAACGAUUAUCUGCCAGAGGCAGACACGACUGGGACGAGCCUGACGCUGCCAAGAUUACCGAGAAGCCCCGAAAGAUUGCCCAGCCAGGUGAACAGAGGUGUUUCACCGAGUUGUAACAGAAGCCGUAGAGCGCCGGAGUUUAGGCAGCGGUCGCCUAGUCCCCAGUAUCAACCCAGAGUGAAUCCUGGAGAAGUGACUAGCCCCAGAGAGAGAUUUCAGGAUGCUAAGGAGAUGUUUCGAGCUAUGGAAAGAGAGGCCAUUGCCAGGCCUGUUCUCUCGAGGCAGAGAGAUGCUGACAAUCACCCUGCUCACAGGGUUGAGUCAUCGAGGCAGAACCACGAGGACCAACCUACUUGUCAGCACUCGACGAGCAACAAUUCAACGAGUGGCCACGAACACCUGAUCAGACGGAAUCAUUCGGAGGCAUCGGAACGGGAGAACGAUAUUUCUUACAGGGCUCGACCACGGCCGCGAACCCAUCAUUAUUCGAUGGAACGCCCACUGGAGCAAGAGGUCUCGAGGCCUCGGCCGAGAAGUUUCUACGAAAACCCAACCGUUGGAAGAGAUUUCCGAGAUCAAAGGAACGUCGCUGAUCCGAGAGAAGCUCGAGAUUUCCGCGACCGUGCCCACGUGCGAGAAAUACGCGAGAAAGUGCGUGCCAGGGCAACCACGUACCAAGAACUCUCCGAACACGAGAGAUAUCCAGGUCUAGAUCGCGACAGCGCCAGGCCACCCUUGGAAAUCGUGCCCGCACCGGGUCGAUAUCGACACAGCUACGCGGAGCCGCCUAGACUCGGUCUAGCAGCUCUUCAUCCGUACUGAGCAGCUGCCCGUUGUUAACUAAUAAAUUAUUUAAUCGAUUAAUUAUUUAAUCGAUCGUAUCGUUAUUGUAUCGUUCACGCGUCUGCAAGCGGUUGUCCGAUCGACGAUUUUUUCGUAAAGACGUUAAGCUUGGUAAUCACAGGGAGCAAAUAGAAACCUCAUGGCGAUGAUUCGUAGGGUUUUUGUUGAGAAUUUCUUUUAUAAAUUAUGAUUCAAAGAUAUAAGUUAUAGCUUUUACGCUUCUGUUUUUAAAUAGCAGUGUCUUUUAGGUUUAUUCAAUUAAUGAAUCCUUUCAGGACUGAAUCUUUUUGCUUUGCAAUCUAAUUUCAAUAUAAAUUGCAUUUAUAAAUUUUUUUUUACCCAUUAAAAUUUAUUUCAAUGGAAAUGUGCACACUCCCUAGGAGACGAUUUUUUACAAAAGGACAUUGCAUCGGAAAUUAAUUUUACUCGACGUAAAUACAUUUAUCGUUAGUAAUUUAUUAAAGUAUAUCGUUGUCUUAAUAUUCAGCGUGAAAGGAUUAAUUAAAAUAUUCUAAACAUGAUAUACCAUACAUAUAAAUCAUAGCUGUGAUAAUGUUCACUGCCAUAUUGUAUCUCUUUCAGUUAACUUCGUAUUACGUUAAAAAAGAAGGGGAAAAUAUAAAUUUCAUUCUCCAGAGAUUAUAUCGUAAUGAUGAAGCUACAAGUCUCGUGUCUUUUUCAUUUCAAUGGUUUCGUUUGCCCCACUUUUAUACAUAGAUCCAAGGGGAUCGUAAAUUUUUUUUAUCAGACAACGUUAUCGACAUCCCUGAACCGAGAUCGAGCAUUUAUUAUUCUUUCUUGCACCCGUUGCGACAAGAUCCUCGAAGUCGUGGGUCUCCUGUUGACCUUUCACUUCUUUCGUACAUUGUUAUCCGCGCCGGAUGCCAGACUAACGAUAAUGAUAGGAACAAGUAACAAGCAGUAACACUGACAGUAACAGUAACAAUAAUAACGGUUAAUAACAAAUAAAGAUUCUUUUUUUUCUUACCCCUUCUGUGCAUCCUUUCGGUCAAUUUGUGGCCUCCACUUUGAAAAGAUAUUUCACACAUUUGCGACUUUUUAAGAGUAGCUUAAUAGCUAAUAGUUUAAUUCCCUAGGUUUAAUAAAAAAGUUGAGUAAUUUUCUAAAUAAAUUUAUAUAGUUUUCGUUUUGGGAAAAGAAUUUUUUAA